UCCAGAAUCAUAGCUGAUAUUUCGUUUAAUUAUAUAAGUUAUUAUUAUUUAUGGGUUUAGUUUAUUAGAAUAACGCUUUAACGGAGAGUUAGCACAGGAAUUAGCACGUUUGCGCUAAUGUAAUCUAAGCAGUUGAAAGAAUUCAUACGUGCACUAUGAGUGUUGUGCUGGUUAUUUAAGUUGGAGAUUGAUCUGCGUGUCCAUGGGGAAGAGGAAAGACAUGAUUCAUCCCAGAUUUCUCGCAGCAGGCGGGGAUGAUUAUAACCUCCACAAGAAGAAACACAAAAAGCACAAGAAGCACAAGAAGAAGCACCACCGCGAUGAAGGCCACGGUUUCUCCUCUGAGGCUCUGGAGUCAGACUCGGGCCUGCUGAUCGUCAAACCUCCUCAACUCAAACUCAAGAUCAAACUCGGCGGACAGACGCUGGGCACCAAGAGUGUUCCCACUUUCACUGUGCUGCCGGACUCCCUGCGCUCCGUGUCUCCUCUGAAUGUGACCGUGGACAGUGAUGAUGAAGAUGAUGAUGACGAUGAAGACUCUGAUGAUGAAGUGCCGUCAGAGGGAGUUCCUAUAGAGCAGUACAGAGCUUGGCUGGAUGAGGACAGUAACCUGGAGCCGUCCGGAGAUCUGCCGGACAUGGAUACUGACUCUCUGCUGGGCCCGGUGGACGAGGAGGAGCAGUGGCUGGACGCGCUGGAGAAAGGAGAGCUGGACGAUAACGGAGAGCUGAAGAAGGAGAUCGACGAGUCUCUGCUCACCGCCAGACAGAAAGCGCUGUUACAUAAGCAGCAGAUCCAGCCGUUACUGGAGCUCCCCAUGGGCUACAAAGAGAAAGAGCUGACGGCUGAGAUGAUGCAGAAACGAGAGGAACGAGCUCGAAAAAGACGUCUCCAGGCGGCCAAGAAGGCGGAGGAGAACAAGAACCAGACCAUCGAGAGGCUGACCAAGACCAGCAAGGCCAAGAUCAAGAGCCUGAAGGAGCGCAGGGGCCGACAGACGCAGGUGCCGAUGGUGCGCUACAGCAGCAGUGCUCAGGGAUCAUGUGUUUCAUACCCUUCCGGGAUCCCCGUCCCGACGCCCACAGCACCGCCCGCGCCCCCAUCUGCGCCUCUGAACUGCGGCGUAGAGGGAUGCGCAAACCUGAAGAAGUACUGCUGCUCCAGGACUGGCACGCCGCUCUGCAGUCUGGAGUGCUACAGGAAAAACCUCGUCCUGCUGCAGGGAGUCGCUUAGAGUGUGUGUGUGUGUGUGUGUGUGUUCACCCAUAAAUAAAAUUAGACAUGGUUUACUGUAUAGCUGGGGGAAGGAACUCCUAUACACCAAUAGGAUGCGUUGAGGGCGAGUAAAUCAUGGCCUAAUGUUAAUUUGUGGGUGAACUGAGCCUUUAAAUAUAAAUAUUUUGUGCAAUUAUGUUGAACAGGACAGAAAAAACAAAGACUAUUAGAGAGAAAUCAUGGUGGAGAUUAGUUUGUGCGCGUUCACAAUUCACCAAACACAAGCAGUGACUUUAUGAUCAGGUGUAGUUCAUUUACAUUAGUUAACUCGUGUUGUUAAAGGGAUAGUUCACCCAUAAAUGGAAAUCUAAUGUUAAUUUACUCACCCUCAGGUAAUUUGAAAGGAUAAAAUGAGCAUUUACUCAUUAUUUACUUUCCCUUAAGUGGUUUUAAACCUUUAUGAAUUUCUUUUUUACAGUUGAACACAAGAGAAGAGAGUUUGAGGAAUGUUGGAAACCUAUAACCUUUGACUUCCGUAAAAUGAAAAACAAAUACUAUAGAAUUCAAUGGUUACGUUUCCAACAUUACAAAAACUAGCCUAGCGCACCAUCUGCUGUUAAAAACUAGCCUACAGCGCUACCUGUUGUUAAAAACUAGCCUGGAGUACUAUCUGCUGUUAAAAGCUAGCCUAUAGCGCCAUCUGCUGUUAGAAAAUUUCGUAGUAGGAAAAAUAUAUACUAUGGAAGUCAGUGGUUACCACUUUCCAACAUUCUUCAAAAUAACUUCUUUUAAGAUGUCUACUGUUAAAUCUAGCCUAGAGCGCCAUCUGCUGUUAAAAACUAGCCUAGAGCGACAUCCGCUGUUAAAAACUAGCCUAGAGCGACAUCCGCUGUUAAAAGCUAGCCUAGAUCGCCAUCCGCUGUUAAAAACUAGCCUAGAGCGACAUCCGCUGUUAAAAGCUAGCCUAGAGCGACAUCCGCUGUUAAAAGCUAGCCUAGAGCGACAUCCGCUGUUAAAAGCUAGCCUAGAGCAACAUCCGCUGUUAAAAUCUAGCCUAGAGCAACAUCCGCUGUUAAAAGCUAGCCUAGAGCGACAUCCGCUGUUAAAAGCUAGCCUAGAGCGACAUCCGCUGUUAAAAGCUAGCCUAGAGCAACAUCCGCUGUUAAAAUCUAGCCUAGAGCAACAUCCGCUGUAAAAAACUAGCCUAGAGCGACAUCCGCUGUUAAAAGCUAGCCUAGAGCGACAUCCGCUGUUAAAAGCUAGCCUAGAGCGACAUCCACUGUUAAAAACUGGCCUAGAGCGCCAUCCGCUGUUAAAAGCUAGCUUAAAGCGACAUCCGCUGUUUAAAACUAGCCUAGUGCGACAUCCGCUGUUAAAAACUAGCCUAGAGCGACAUCCGCUGUUAAAAGCUAGCCUAGAGCGACAUCCGCUGUUAAAAGCUAGCCUAGAGCGACAUCCGCUGUUAAAAACUAGCCUAGAGCGACAUCCGCUGUUAAAAACUAGCCUAGAGCGACAUCCGCUGUUAAAAGCUAGCCUAGAGCGACAUCCGCUGUUAAAAGCUAGCCUAGAGCAACAUCCGCUGUUAAAAGCUAGCCUAGAGCGACAUCCGCUGUUAAAAGCUAGCCUAGAGCAACAUCCGCUGUUAAAAUCUAGCCUAGAGCGACAUCCGCUGUUAAAAGCUAGCCUAGAGCGACAUCCGCUGUUAAAA